AUGUCCCGGCCGAUUGUCUUGAGGUUUGAGAGCCGCAACGGUCAGUUUCGGUUGACUGUCAGUCCACAGGAGCUGUUCCCAUCGCUAGAACAGAAGAUCCUCGAACACCUCCCCAAAGACGUUGAGCCCUCCUCGCUUAGUCUGUCAAACAAGCCUAUAGGGACUGGUGGAGAAGAGCGGGGGCUAAAUUCUCUGCAGGGGGUCUCCAUUGGGACGGUUGGUCUAAGGCAUGGUGACAAACUUUACCUUGGCUAUCAAGACAAAAAGGACCUACUGGAUGGGCCGACUAAUGGACACACAAUCGCUGCAAAUGGCUCAUCACGACGAUUGAAUGGAGCUCCAGUGCCACAGAGCGAGACAACUACGAAUCAUUCUCAAGCGGCAGUGACGAUCAAGAACCCUUGGGAUGUGGUUCAGCAGUCAUCGCUGGACAACCAACUGGACAAGAAGGAUGGGAAAAUUCAACGCAGCCUGGAUAUGAAGAUGUGCAAACAUGGCCCCAAGGGCAUGUGCGACUACUGCAUGCCACUCGAACCAUACGACCCGAAGUAUCUCGCCGAGAAGAAAAUCAAGCACCUGUCGUUCCACUCCUACCUGCGAAAACUUAAUGCUGCCACCAAUAAAGCCGAGCUCAAGAGCUCCUUCAUGCCUCCGCUUAAUGAACCUUUUUAUCGAGUACGACGAGAUUGUCCGUCUGGACACCCACCUUGGCCUGAGGGCAUUUGCACCAAGUGUCAGCCAAGCGCAAUCAGUCUGCAGCCCCAAGAAUUCCGCAUGGUAGACCACGUGGAAUUCUCGUCCUCCGACCUGAUCAACUCGUUGCUUGAUUUCUGGCGAAAGUCCGGUGCUCAGCGGUUGGGUUUCCUUUACGGUACUUAUGAAGAGUACACAGAGGUUCCCCUGGGCGUGAAGGCCGUGGUUCAAGCAAUUUAUGAGCCGCCACAGGUGGACGAAGUAGAUGGCAUCACGCUUAAUGAAUGGUCAAAUGAGAAGGAGGUAGACGAAGUUGCCCGCCUAUGUGGUCUGGAGAAAAUUGGCGUCAUCUUUACCGACCUCCUUGAUGCCGGACGUGGCGAUGGCUCCGUUAUCUGUAAACGGCAUAUUGAUUCAUACUACCUCGCGUCUCAGGAAGUCAUUUUUGCGUCCCGGUUGCAGGCGCAAUACCCAAAAGCAACAAAGUGGAGCCGGACUGGCCAUUUUGGUUCCAACUUUGUCACCUGCGUUCUUAGUGGCGACGAGGAUGGAGCCAUCACGGUCAGCUCCUACCAGGCUUCAGUAGCGGCAGUUGAAAUGGUGCGGGCCGAUAUCAUCGAGCCUUCUGCAGAACCAUCUGUCAUGCUGGUGCAAUCGGAGGAGACCGACGAAAACAUAGCACGGUAUAUACCUGAGGUUUUCUAUCGGAAGAUUAACGAGUAUGGUGUCAGCGCUCAAGAAAAUGCAAGACCGAGUUUUCCCGUCGAGUAUCUUUUCGUCACCUUAACGCAUGGCUUCCCCACAGAUUCGUCACCGCUGUUCACGGAUGCUACCUUCCCUCUCGAAAACCGUGAGGUUAUCGGCGAGAGCCAGGAGCUUCGCCAUGUGGCGAAGAAACUUGUUUCCCAUGGGGAUCCCGACAAGGCGAUCCAGGCAGUGUCCGACUUCCAUCUACUAUGCUUCCUCCACUCGUUGUCAACAUUUAGCAAGGACGAAGAAGCCCUCUUGUGCCGCGUGGCCACGACCCGGAAUCCGGCGGAUGGACUGCAAUUGAUAAAUACUCCUGGAUGGGCGACCCUGGUCACAAUCCUUCAGGAAAGUGGUGAGCGGCCCCCCAAGCGCCCCUGGCUGAGCCCAGCCAAACCUCCACGCGCAGUGCCCCAACGCGGAAAGCGUUUUUUCCCAUCAAGGCCUGAGUCUCCCAAAUCCGAGAGUGAACAACUUGCUAAGAGGUUCAAGGGAGCUAGUCUAGAAUGA